CUUGGGGUCCGGGGAGGCUCCUCCGCGCACGCCAUGUGCCCGUGUCCCCGGCAUCGCGGCCGCGGGCCUCCGGCCGUGUGCGGUUGCGGCGACGCUCGCCCCGGGCUGCGCUGGGCGGCGGCGCAGGUGACCGCGCUGAGGCUGCAGGCGCUGGGCGACGAGCUGCACCGACGCGCCAUGCGGCGCCGCGCGCGGCCCCGGGACCCGCUGCCUGCGCUGCUGCCCGCGCUCCGCGCCCGCUGGCCCUGGCUGUGCGCGGCCGCGCAGGUGGCGGCGCUGGCGGCCUGGCUGCUCGGCAGGCGGAGCGCGUAGGCGGCGCGCGCGGGGCCUUCUUGGUAGGGGGGACCGGAGCCGAGACCCAGCCCGGACCGAGCAACAGGUUGGCGAAACCCUGUGUCCUUGGAGGAAGCUGGUUCCCGUUUUCCUGAGUGGGGGGAGCCAGAGCUUGGAAGGAAGCGGAGUGGAAAGACCCACCCAGAGCUGAUGGUGAAAACACGGACUGAGGAAGCCCCUCGGGAAGUCCAGCUGCAGAGAUAGCCACCCCAAUGCUAUUUACAUAUAGCUAUAUAUAUAUAUACAUACACACAAAAAGAAAAUACAAAAUUCCGUAUCUGUGCAUGCCUGCGGGAGAUGUGGUCCCUCCCCUUUCCGCACCUUGCAAUGUGAACUUUGAGACUUUGUAACGUCUGGGGCAGCGGGGAGAGAGAUGCUUGCUGUUGUGUGGAGGCUGAAAAAACUCACAUGGACCGGUGGGAUCAGCCUCAGCAUGGACCAAGCGCCCAGGACAGAUGCUGGCGUGAAGUAGUGAGAGCGCCCGCCAAAGGCGAGAUGGACGAAGACGGGGUUGGGGAGGGGUGGGGCGUUUGGUUGGGGGCAGCCUCCAUUUCUUGACAUGUCCCAUCCUCUCUCUCUCUCUCUGUCCCUGUCUAGACAGCUCUCUAGAUUCUCAUGGUUGGUCACAGCCAGAGAAACGGGAUGUCAUUUUCUUUUCCUACCUAUCUGGUGUGUGUGGUGCUUCACUUCAAUUUUUCUUGGUGCUAAGUGUGUCCUUGGCAUGGCCAGAGUCGUAGUGACAGACCCGGACAACGGCCGGGGGAUGACAGGUUUCUAUUUUGCUCUUUGGAUAUACUCUGUCUUUUUUUUAAGGGCCAAGUGACAAAAGUACCACUGGAGAGUCUCUAUGGGGGGGGAGGGGGGGGGGAAUGCUCUCUGGGGCUUAGGAGCCACCCCCUGGGGGCCUGCGAGGGAGGAGGGGUAAGCUAGGAUACAGAAGCUGCCUAGGAGAUGGCAGUCCCCCCUCCCCCCUGCUGCCGUACCCCGAGAGACUGCUGUGGCCUCCCCCACUUCCUGAGGGGAUUCAGGGCUUAGGUUUUUAUAGAUUAAAGAGCCAAGAAACGGCUACAUUCUGAUGGAGCGUGAUUUAUAAGCAGGGGAUGUUAGGGGAGGGGGGGCGGACCUUUUAAAUGAAAUGUCCGAUUCCCCUGCUCCCCAAACACACAUAGGAUAAGCUACUGUUUUCAGAAGUUUCUAGAAGGGCUAAUAUAAAUAUACAUAUAAAUACAUAUAUAUAUGUAAAAUGAAGCUGUGCGCCUGACUGAUAUUUGGCUGCAAAGCCUACUGCUUCAGAAGUGAUGAUUUAAUUUUUGCUUUCAUUUAAAAAAAUUUUUUUUUUCCCAACAGAAACAGGUAUUAUUCCUCUGCACGGAUACUUUAUUACCUCCGUGGCAGUCUUCGUGGCUGAGAUGAUGGUGAGGGAGCCUGCUGUGGGCUCAGUGAGACAGUUAGUCUCAGUUUUGAUUUUUUUCCCCCUUUUUAAAUUUCGGAGACAAGGUCUGGCCCUGGAGCCCAGGCUGACCUCCGUCCUUGAGCCUCCUGUCUUGACAUCUGGCAUUUGGGACACUGCCUGCCAGGGGACAGUCACUUUCCCCUGGCUGGAUCUGCAGGUCACAGAUGCCUGGUGCCUGGGGAUCAGGGGAUCUGCUAGGAAGCAUUAGUUAUUAGUGUGCACAGGGCUACAGGGAAAUGGUCCCACCAACUAUGCCAAGCGCGACCAGGUCCUAAAGUGCGCACUCUCCCAGUUUGCGCCCCCCUCCUUCUCCAUGUCGAAUCCAUGCCUUAUAUUUCUCUAAAUAACCUAUUAAAGAAAACGCAACUGAGAACUCAAUGCCCUCCCCACCCCACCCCACCCCCCCUUAGCUGCCAGAACUGAACUCGGCAAAGGAAAAUAAAUAGCUUAUUUGGCAGGGAGGCAGCAGGCAGCAGGCCGUGCCCUCGCCAAGCCGGAAUGACAUAGAAUGAUCUGGAAAACGCUCUCUGUUUGUAUUUAGUCCCUUUCCUAGCGAGGAACAGAGCCCUUGCAAAGCACUGUAUUUCCAGGGAAGGUGCUUGCUAUGGUGGAGAUCACAGAAUGUCAGCCCCUUUAAAGAGAUAUUGUCAAGAUGGCAGUGGGGACAUGCUGACCCCAGAGAAACCCAGCGCGAGGGUGAGAGGUCAGAGAAUACCUCCCUUUUUGUGUUUUGUUUUUGAGCCUGACAUUGCCUGUUAGCGGACGAUAUCUCCCUGGAGGAUGUGAACUCCAAACACAGGGGUUGGCAUAUCCGGUGAUUUUCAUUUCAAUGAAGCUGUGUUGCUGAGAGAACCCGGGCACCCAUGACCUCCCGAUGGAGUUUUUCAGCCAAGUCCUCUGUAAAUACUCUCCUGUAGUAAUGGAAACCACAUAUUUAUCGGAUCUGGGGGGGGGGGUGCGGGUGGUUGAGGCUUGGCUCGCACGCCGCCGCCUUUCCUUUGAGUCCUGCCCCGAAUUUGAUGGGGGUUGUUUUUAAAUGCUGUUUUUAUAUGAGGUUUGACUUCUUGAUGGACAUUUGUAUUAGGAUACUGAAGCAUGCUAGCUGUGUCUCUCUCGUCCCCACGGUCUCUGAUGUGGUGUUACUUGGACUGCAUGAGAUGGGGGGAUGGGCUUUCUGUCGACGGUGUUACUACAAAAAGAAAAAAAAAAAACAAAACCCAAAACUUCCACAGUGUGUGAAGUGCUGGCACCAGCCCUGCCUUUAUCCCCUGCCUCCCCUGGCUGCCAAGGAGCAUUGAUUUUGAUUUGCCUCUCCACAGAGUCUGUGAAGAGGGAAAGAGAGGGAGAGAGGCUUUGAAAUAAAUUUUAAAAAGACCUCAUGCUGGGUUGCAGCAGAGUGUGUGUGUGUGUGUGUGUGUGUGUGUGUGUGGUAUGUGUCCACGCAAAGCCUAGGAGGCCUCUGAGAUUAUUGCCAGGGAGCUGGCUGUGUGAGGAGAUGAGGCGCUAUCUGCCACCUGGGUCCAAAAGCAGCUGCCUGCUCUCUGAGGGUGAGGGCCCUGGAGUCUGUGGGACUGAAGCCUUCCAGAGUAGGUCCACUCCUUUCUGGAAGCCUCCCUCUUUUACCUCGUCCUCAACAAGCAAGAGCUCUGUUCAAGUUUGGGGUUCCAUCUCCCUUGGUCUAGAUGGAGUCUGAGCCAGGGUUCUUUUGGAGAGCGCAGUAUGUUCUGAUCCAGGAGGGCACCCUACCCCCCACCUCCGCCCCCCCCCAACACUUCCUGUCACCAUUCCCCAGCUCAUCAUCGUCGUGGGUCAUACUUCUUCCUCAGCUCUGUGGAUAGCCUUGUUCUGUUUCUAUUGUGUUGAGGGAUGGUGACUUAAACAUACUGUCGCAGGAUAAAGAGGAUGUGAAUGCCCCGAUGCCACGUCACACAGCUGAGCUCAUGUCUCGUGUGCACCUGACUCUAUGGUCAUGUCUCUGAAAUGGACCACGUGUCCCUUUCCUCACCGAGAACUGAGGGAGGAAGCACCCUGUCAUGCGUACCUUUGGGAGACACGGAGUCACGACCGUGGACUAUUUAUGUUGGUUGUUACUGGUUUUUUUGAGACAUGGAGCCCAGACUGGUCUUGAACUCACUAUACAGCAGUGGACUGUUUGAAUGUCCAGGGUGAACGCUUAGAAGCUGCAGUGACCGCGACACAGGUUCUCUUCUGUGUUCAUACUAUUUUCUUUUCUGAGCCCGAAGUCAAAUUGGGGGAAACCAGGGGGUCAGAAGUCAGCGGAGGAUUUGGGGAGGCAGGGAUGGAGGGAAAGCAGAUUAUUCCCACUCGAGCUGAUCAGAAGCCCCACAAAGAGGGUACGCUGACAUCACAGUGUCUUUUGAAAGCGUUAGCCAAAAGUUUAUCUUUUUAAACGUUUUAAUCGAUUCAGUUGACACCUGUUUAUUGAGCAGCUACAGCGUGCCAGCCGGAGACCUCCACCUCGGGACAAACUUAGUCAUGGUACAGCAACAGUCCUUUUGGAGACCAGAUGCCAUGAAAUGUCCCUUUUCAGUCUGGCUCAUAAUUUCUAACAGAUCUGCCAGGUCACCACUGUGACCCCACGCCUUGCUGGCAGAUUGCUAUAUAGUAUUUUUCUGCAUGCCACGCUCUGGGCUGAAUGCAAUUAAAAAGCUUGCUACGCUAUCUCCUCAGCAGGAAGAUGGGUCCCUUUGUACAAUAAUCAAAGACCCCUUCACAGAGUGAGUACCGCCGCCGCUGCCGCCGAGCGCUGCACGGUGCUUUCCAAGGCUUUUCCUGAGAGAUUCCUGCCUUAGUGCUAGUACCAUUGAUCCCAUUUUACAGGUGAGGAAGCCGAAGGCAGCCGAUAGCGAGGUGGCUGAGCCAAGGUUUGCAUUUUGAGUCUGUGUGAUCCCCCAAGCCAGUGAGGUACCCGUAUUAUAUCAAGGGGCUCUGAUGUUGCUCAUUUAAAAGCAAGCAUUGUGUUUGGUAGCAAGGUUUUCUAGCUCGAGGCCAGGUGGGCAAGGACACACCUGUGGGCCACCAUGGAGUGUCUCGUAAGCUCAAUGGGAAGAACACCUUAUUUGGGGACACUUGAGAGCAGAAUGGAUGACUUCAGGGGUUGCCCUCAGUUUCAAUAAACUCCCGGGGGCGUAAGGGCUUGUCUAAGGUGCAAAUGGCCUGUCCCACUCACUUCCUAGGCUGUGGGAUGUUUUUCUUACCUCUCUCAUCUGUCUUCUCCCCCGAACCCCAGACCCCCAAGGUCUUUGCACUAGAAGAGUCAAGGAGCCCAUAUACACGGCAAAGGUGGCUGUGAGGGCAUUUGGAGCCUGGGGGAGAGGCAGUUAACUUGGGGGACAUUCUGUCUGGGUCCCGACAUUGUUGCCUUGUGCUCUUUUGUAAGGGGAAUUUCCUACCUGGACGCUUUGUACAUAUUUGUUACACUUUUAUUAAAAAAUUGAUUGUGCACCUCUCAUGAAGGCCUUUGCGUGUUCAUUUCCUCUGGGAAGGUGGGGUCUCAGAGACCACGAGAGGACCACGGUUGCACAGUGACAGCUGAUUCCUGACCUGCACAGGCCCCCUUCAGCCUGCCAGAGAGCGGAAGGCCACACCCUUAUCCUCCCAUUUGUGUGUGUGUGUGCUCAUGUGUGCUUGCACAUGGAGGUGAGAGGUCAACCUCAGGAGCUGUCCUCUUGUUUUUAGACGG